CUCCAACUGGCGUUGUGUUCAGCAACACGGUGUACGAGUGGAAUUCGAUUGACAUUAACACCAACCAAUGGCCGCACGAAAUCAAACAGCUAUGGCGACAGUGGUUCGUCUGCUGAUUUGCAACCCGCCGAAACAUUAUCGGGGAAGAAGGAGGCCUUCGUUCGGCUGGAGAUGGACUGUUCCAGGAUCAGUGCCGUUUAAAUAGGACUUUAACAGUAGCGCGUGUCAACCAGACAUAUUUUUGAACACACUGCAAUAAAAGCCCUAUAAAUGACUGUUCCAGUUACUAUCAUUUUAGAAGAGGCAAAAAUACUUAAAACUACUUUGUCAAGCAAAACUUUGUUUGUCCCUAUAUACUUUGCAAAUGGAUCCAUCUUCUGGAAUGCACAUGCCUGAUGGUCCGCCAAACAGUGAGGUGGUUCAUUUGACUGUUGGGAAUCCUAUCAUAACUAUGUAUCAGGCUCGGCCACAGGCCCCCAAUAUUGCACAGAUUAUUGCACAACAAGUUAUACCACAAGAUGUCACAUGUCAAACUGUACCACAUACAAUUACUUCACAAGUUCAGAUAGCAUCACAAGUUCAGGCUUCUAUGCAUGGCCAUGGUCAAGGACGGGGUCAGUCUCAAAGCCAUGGCCAGUCACAGAGUCAUGUACAAUCUCAAAGCCAUGGCCAGUCGCAGAGUCAUGUGCAAUCUCAAAGCCAUGGCCAGUCACAGAGUCAUGUGCAAUCUCAAAGCCAUGGCCAGUCGCAGAGUCAUGUGCAAUCUCAAAGCCAUGGCCAGUCGCAGAGUCACAUGCAGCCUCAGAAUCAUGGACAGUCACAAAGUCACAUGCAGUCUCAAAGUCAUGGACAAUCACAAAGUCACUUGCAGUCUCAAAACCAUGGGCCACCACAAGUCCAUGUUUCACAAGGUUCAUCACAAAGCGAGAAUGUUGCAGCAUCUCAGGAUGGUGCCAGAUCAUCACUACAGGUCCCCUUUGCAGAGGUUGCUUCUCUGCUCGAUCCAAACAUGAAGAGUUCAAAAGCCAGAAAGUACCAAAUCUAUUAUGAGGAAGUAAAACGGAGGUUGGAGCCCCCUGAGAAGAUGUCACUUAGAUCUCUGGCUGCCUACACUAGAGUGAGUAGGGGUCCAGCCAGUAAAAAAACCCUCCUGGAAUCACUGAAUGUGUUUGGCUUGUCACCAAGCACCAACACAGCAGUGUCUAGUACUUUCUCCAAACUCACCGAGGGUGACACCGCAGCACUGUGUAAAGAUAUGAAGGACUUUGCCUUACAGUAUGUGGAUUAUGAAAAUAUGGCAAAACAGUUACUGCCAGAGACAAACCAGGUUCAGCACUGGUCAAAAAUUAUUGAGACAAGGAAUUAUCUGGAAGAGAUGCGGAAGGUUUUCAAAGACCCUAUUAACAGCCGCCUGUUCUCUAACGUCACACAUGGCCUCGGAAAUGGAGUGAUGGAUGUUGCGCUUGACAUCAUUGAUACCGUCAUUGACCGGCAGAUCCGCAUCCUCUCAGGGAACACCGAUCCCAAACCCGAGCCACCUCUCAGGAGGAUCCGAAAACGCACACGCAAACCCAAGGCUGCUGUGGAGGAUGGCAAACCCAAAGAGAAGGCCAAAAGAGGCAGGAAGAAAGGCAAACAGAUGCGAUUGGACACUGUUGACCCACAGGUUCCACAGUCUACAGACAUUGAGAGUAGUGUACUGACUCUGGUGUCUGUGGGAUAUGAGACCAUAUCGAGUGGCCUCAGUACCACCAGCACUUUAUAGUAGUGCUGUGAAAUUGGGUGCAUGCUGAGUGUUGACUUAAAGCACAUUUAGCUUUAUAUUUUUUAGAUUUUGUUUAAAUGUCUUCAUCUACAUGUUCUGUAUUCUUACUUGGUGUCUAAACAUUUUCAUUAAGGAAGGGUGUGUGGUUUAUAUAAUCCAAGACGUUUUAAUAAGAAAAGGCUUUUUUAUAUGUAUUAUUUGUAGAUUUCUCAUGUUUUGCUUUUAACGAAGAACAAGUGUAUACAAAUAGGAUCUGUAAUCCUGAAAGAACUGAUGUUUUGUGAAGUGCAGCGCAUGAUUCAUAUGAAUAAAAAAAAUCUUUGAAAUGUAA